AACAACUUCAUAUUAUCUCACCACCUUCUGGUCGCAUAUAAUACGCGACCAUCCGCGAUUCUAUUCUCCAUCUUGAUUCAUUCAAGUUCCCGAUCUUAUUCCCUCUUCCUGAUCGACGCGACAUUUUCAGGCUCUCCACCAUUUUCCCCACAAUCAUUCCAGAAGCCUAGUCUCGAAUUCACCUUUCGCAGACAGCAUAAGCUCCCACGUAUCUCCCGCGAUCACUACUCGACGUCCUCACUAAGCUUCUCUCUGAUCUCCAAGUCACACCAAGUCAAACCACCCUCGAAAUGUCAGAGACACCAAAGGCCAGCGGCUCCCUUGCGGACCGCAUUACUGGCCCUGCAGCCUCCAAGCUUGACGCGGCAACUACAUCAUUCACACCCGGCGCACCGAAUCCCUCGAACUCGUGGGCUGACGAAGUUGCGUCGCCUGUCGGAACCGAGUCAAAGCGGCUUGAAGGCACUCUUGAAGAAGCACAGCUGGAUGGCGCAACUGCACCUCACGCUGGUUCAGGCCUUCAUGACGCACAGUAUGAAGUUGAAGUCAAGUUGAGCGAUAUCCAAGGCGACGUGAACAGCCCGUUGUUCUCAGUCAGCACAUUCGAGGAGUUGGGAAUCAACCAGAGUAUAUUGGCUGGUCUCUAUUCCAUGAACUUCAAGAAGCCCUCAAAAAUCCAAGAAAAAGCUCUUCCUCUCUUACUCUCAAAUCCUCCAACCAACAUGAUCGCUCAGUCACAGUCAGGAACCGGCAAGACGGCAGCUUUCGUCAUCACCAUUCUUUCUCGCCUUGACUACACCAAGCCGCAUCAGCCACAAGCUCUCUGCCUCGCUCCUAGCCGUGAACUGGCGCGCCAAAUCGAGGGUGUUGUCAAGAGCAUUGGCCAAUUCGUCCCUGGUCUGACUAUUCAAGCGGCUGUUCCGGGCGCCGUGGAGCGAAACGCCAAGGUUCAAGCCAUGGUCGUUGUUGGUACACCAGGUACUGUGAUGGAUCUCAUCAAGAGAAGACAGUUCGACGUAUCCAACAUGAAAGUCAUGUGCUUGGACGAGGCCGAUAAUAUGUUGGAUCAACAAGGUCUAGGUGACCAGUGUCUUCGUGUCAAACAGAUGAUUCCAAGAAUUGACCAAAUCCUUUUGUUUUCAGCUACGUUUCCCGAUACCGUCAUGAGAUAUGCACAACAAUUUAGCCCCGGGGCGAACGAGAUCAAACUGAAGCGGGACGAGCUUACUGUUGGCGGAAUCAAGCAGAUGUACAUGGACUGCCCUUCUGACGAGGGAAAGUACGACAUUCUAGCAUCACUUUAUGGACUAAUGACAAUCGGAUCAUCAAUCAUCUUUGUCAAGAAGAAGGAUACUGCAUCGCAAAUUGCCGCGCGCCUUACACAAGACGGGCAUAAAGUUGUAGCUGUACAUAGCGCUUUUGAAGGUGCAGAGCGCGACAGCAUCGUUGAGGACUUCCGAUCAGGAAAGGCGAAGGUUCUCAUCACGACCAACGUUCUUGCCCGUGGUAUCGAUGUCUCCUCGGUGUCCAUGGUCAUCAACUACGAUAUUCCCAUGAAGGGCCGAAGUGAUGCAGAGCCUGAUCCAGAGACUUAUCUUCACCGUAUCGGUCGCACUGGCAGAUUCGGACGUGUCGGUGUCAGCAUAAGCUUCGUCUUUGACAGAAAGAGUUUUGCUGCACUUUCUCAGAUCGCUGCCCAUUACGGUAUCGAUUUGGUGAAGCUCGACCAAGAUGAUUGGGACAAGACGGAGACAAUCGUGAAGGACGUCAUCAAGUCGAGCCGUGCUGGAACCAACCUUCAGUCCUAGGCACGGGCUUGGGUAAUGAUUUCUCUUUUUCACAAAUUCCACGAGCCUCAUAAAAGCGGGCGUUUACAUUGAUUCUAUAGAGGGAAAAGGGAGCAGCCUUAGCGCCAUUUAAGAAACUAUGCGCGGCUAUGAAGGAGACCUCGGGGGUGGGGGGGUGCUUGAUCAUGGGAGGAAACCCUACAUCAGAGCGUUGCACAGGCAAACCGGAGCCUUAGAUACCACGAAUAAAGAAGAUGAAUCCAAUACAAUAUCAACAACCG